UGUUUUGUUCCCUCUGCUGCUGCUUCUUUUCUUUUUUUUAACUAUUUUGAUUGCGGGUGUGCUUUUUGUUUCAAUUUAUGUGGAUAGGAACCUGGCAUAGUUUAUUAUUUUUUUUAUUGUAAACUACCUUGAAAACCUUGUGGUGGAAAGCUGAUGCAUAGAUUAUGUCACCAUGACAACAACAUUUAGCAGUGAUGGAGCUGAGCUGAUGCAACGGAUUGUGACUCCUGCUGGAAUAGGUGGACGUCCCUCAACUGUGGGGCUAGAAGAGUACUAUGAGCUGGACAGAGCAACUUCAUUUAUAGUGAAUAACAACUUCACCAAGGUUGCUCUUCAGUUUCCUGAUGAGCUCUUGUCUGAUUCAGCAACUGUUGCUGCCAAGAUGGAAGAAACAACUGGUUCAAAAAUGUACAUCCUGGGGGACACCUCAUAUGGCAGCUGCUGUGUUGAUGAGAUGGCAGCAGAGCAUGUGAGUGCUGAGGCUGUGGUGCACUAUGGUCGAGCCUGCUUGAGUCCUUGCUGUAAGCUGCCAGUACUACAUGUGUUUGGAAAUCAACCACUGGAUGUGAUGCGCUGUGCAGAGAUCUUCAAGGAAUUGCAUCCUGACCGCCAAGCUCAUGUUAUUGUGCUGAGUGAUGUGACUUAUUCUCAUGCUAUUGAUGACCUGGCCUCUCAGUUGCACCUCAUAUAUCCCAAUGUAGUUUUCUCUCAAGUGGAUAGCAAAAAAGCUCUUUCCUCAGCCCAACCAGUUUCUGGGCUGGUGCAGCAGUUUGGGCGGCACUUCACAGUGGAUGAAGAACAUGGUCUGGACAACUAUGCAAUGUUCUAUGUAGGUUGUGAGGGCCCAGAGCUCACAAAUUUUAUGCUGAGCUGGAACCAAUGCCCAUUCAGUUCAUUUAACCCUAACACGGGUCAAGGCCGGUGGGAAACACUGGAUGUGAACCGAGCUCUGCGACGCCGUCUCUAUCUAGUAGAGCGGGCACGGGAUGCCCAAGUUGUGGGUAUUGUGGCAGGCACUCUUGGUGUGAUAAACUACUUGUCUGUGCUGGACCAUCUACAAAGAAUCAUUCACCAAGCAGGCAAACAAGCCUAUAUGCUGGCUGUGGGUAAACAUAGCCCUGCAAAGCUGGCAAACUUUUUGGAGGUGGACAUCUUUGUAUUAGUGGCCUGUCCCCAGAAUUCCUUGCUGGACUCCUCUGAUUUCUACCGCCCCCUGGUCACACCCUAUGAGAUGGAGAUGGCUUGCAAUCCAGCUCGGGCAUGGACAGGCAGAUACAUCACUGACUACUGUCAACUGCUACUAGGAGCAAGUGAACACAUCCCCUUCCCAGACAAGAUUUUGGAUUCUGACAGUGAACCUGGUAUUUCUCUAAUCACUGGCGAGAUGCGCUCAACUUGCCUCUACACCCCAUCAGAUUCAGAGCCUGCCUCUGGCAGUGCUGUGAUCUGUCACAACCACAUCCAAACUAUGGCUCAGAUUAGUCCGGCAGCCUCAUUCCUGGAGUCACGCAGCUGGAGGGGGCUGGAGCAGAAACUUGGCCAGACAGCAGUCACUAAAGCAGUACCAGGACGUCAGGGGAUUGCUAUUGCCUAUGAAGACGAAGCCUGUGGAUGAUGCAGAGUCAUGGAGUGUUCAGAGACAGUGGGGCAGAGAGCCAGUUGCUUUACUGUGGUUGUACUGGAGCGGGUACAAAGGCAUGGCUUCUACGUGAAACCUGCAAACUUUAACAGCCUCUCACAACUUUCUUUGGACAAGCCUGAAAAGUAGGAGUACCAGGUAUCACAUGGCCUACCAAAACAAUAAAGGUAUUGUUUUGACGUGUCUACACUAGGCAUUUACUUUCUUGAAUCAAAAUUCAUUCUAGGGAGCACCAGGUAUUAAGAGAAAAACUUUUCUGCUACCUCUUCUAUUAUAAAGGAGUCUAAAUUGUGUUUUUUUUAAAAAAAAGUUUACCUUUACAGAAAAGCAAAGAACGGUAUACAUAUCUGUAUAACAUAUAUGAACUACACACCAGUAGUAUGCCAGUUAAAUUUUCCAAAAUGGUUUGAUUGGUGCCCCAAAUAACUUAAAUAGUCUCAGGUACAGCCCUGAGAGUGUUCUUACAAUCCUUUGGAAGUUCAAGUUUUUAAAAAAUCUUACAACACUGCAAAAAAGACAAAGUUGUACAUGAUACAUCAUAAACAUUGCUCAGUUUUUAAUAGAUUUAAUACCGCAUGAUAGGUUCUCUUCUCUAACUUAAUUUUGACAUCAGCACAGUAUCCCAGCUUCUUUUGUACCAAUAUGAAAGAUGGAGAGUAUUUUUUCCCUGUAGGAACCUGUACAUAUACAAGAUGCUGUAAGUAAAUCCAGCAUAAUUUCUGAAGCCAUCUUAUGAACUUCUUUUUAGCUAUACGUAACACUAUCUUAAGAUUUCACUGGGAGAUUAUAUCUUGUCCAUAACUGGUCAGUAUUUGCUUCUAAUAUGUUUCUGUUGUGUGACUGCUAGAAUAUAUGAAAAAAUCAACUGCCCCAGAACCCUGGCAAAGCCAGCUGAUAUAAAAAGAUGGAUUGCAUGUACAAGUUAAUUUCUAAGGUCUUAGACACCAAUGAAAUUAGGAUCUAUGUUUUCCCUCUGAUAUUAAAUUGGAGAAUGCCUCAAACCAGAUCCACUCUGUAUCUUUAAUCAGCCUAACCACAGCAAAAUGUAUCCAAUUUUCUUUGAAAUCUACAGGCUUUGUAAAUUGUAUCUUUUUUCAA